CCAAAAGUGCGUAAAAUCGCAGGGAGCUCACUGGAAAAUGUUUAGAACGAUAUCCUCUAGGUUUGUGACCGUUCUAUGCGACAGUUCAUGGAGUACCGUAUCCGGUAGCCAAUGCCCAAGCCGGUGGGCUCAUCGGGCUGCUGUUCUGCGGGAAGCCGGUAAACCCAUCGCGCUGGAAACGGUGAAAAAGGUUGAAAAACUCAAAAACGAUGAGGUUCGAGUAAAGGUACAUUACUGUAGUCUGAAUUCAACCGACGUAAAAAUCAUUACCGGAAAGCAUGCAGAACUUAACGUGCCUCUACCGUUCAUACCCGGGCAUGAGUUUUCCGGAGAAAUCGUCGAAAUUGGCAAGGAUAACCCACAUCAUUUCAACCGCGGUGAUCGUGUGGUUGUGAUGAAUGACCUGCAAGAUCCGAAGGGAGGACUAAUAUCAGAAGCGGUGGUAAAAAAUCGGGAUGUCUGGACGGUGCCCCAGUCGGUACCGUUGCGUGAAAUGGCCGUGCUACCAUACGGGCAUGGCACGGCUCUGCUCACGUUUGCGUUGCACUGCAAUCUCAAAGAGAAUGAUCUGAUCCUGAUCACCGCGGGUCCGGCUGGUAUGGGUCUGGCAGCGAUCGACUUGGCCGUCAGCGUCUACAAGGCCAAAGUAAUCGCUGUGUGCGAUACAGAGAGCAGUUCAGAUUUGGUUCGUGCAAAAGGGGCCCACAAGGUCGUCAGCAUGACCAAGAAUAACUUCACCAAGUUAUACAAGAACAUUCAGGACGCGAUGGGCGACAAAAAGGCGAAGGUGGCGUACGAUGCCGUGGGAAAAGGACUGCUGCAUAUGCUCGUUGACUUCGUUGAGCCAACCACUGGGCAACUCAUCUCCGUAGAUCCGUUUUACAACGCAUCGAAAUUCCUCACCGAAGUGCCUGAGUUCGAUCGUCCGAAGCGGAAAGAUAAGGCCGAAAAACCAGAGGAAGCAGAAGCCAAGGCCGAGCUGUUGAAAAACGUUCGCCAUUUCGAUCUAUACGAGAAUCCCGACGUGGAUACCUACCGGCAGAUGAUAUCCGACACGAUAGAGAUGCGUGCCGAAGGUAUGAUAGCGGGCCAUAUCAGCAAAGUGUUCCCGCUGGCCAAAAUUCAACAGGCCAUUGAAUUCGUUCAGCAGAAACAAUGCACUGGGAAGGUGCUGAUCGAUGUUCAAUGCCUGGAUGAAGACGAGUGUCCUGAUGGCAAAGAGAAGCCGAAAGAGAAAGUCAGCGAAGCGAAAGAUAAAAAGAAAUCAAAAGAUUAAAUAUCGAAUGACUGAGCAUUUCUCUACCGUGCAGGUCGUGUUAGAUCGAUCACGACUUUGCAGAGAAAUGCACCAUUUACAUCGUUAUUAUUAUACAAUUUUGCAUGCAUUAUACCGUUGUAUUGUUUCAUAUUAACACGCAUUUGCACCUCAAUGUGAAAAUGGCAUCCAUUUAAUUUAGCAUUUCUGUGAUGGGACAGCUUUAUAUUCAGCUUCAUUUUGUACUUAUAAUUUAUACUAGGACUUCUCCGUUUCACAUUUAGUUUGAAGAUUUUGCCA